AUGGGGAAUGGCGAUUAUCACACAACUGGCAUUGUAAUGGACAGAGUGGAAAGUCUAUGGAGAGAGUGUAAAGACUGCAGAGAGAGUGGAAAGACUACAGAGAGAGUGGAAAGACUACGGAGAGAGUACAGAGAGAGUGGAAAGACUACAGAGAGAGUGGAAAUACUACAGAGAGAGUGGAAAGACUACAGAGAGAAUACGGAGAGAGUGGAAAGACUACAGGGAGAGUGGAAAUACUACAGAGAGAGUGGAAAGACUACAGAGAGAGUGGAAAGACUACGGAGAGAGUGGAAAUACCAAAGAGAGAGUCGAAAAACUACAGAGAGAGUGGAAAGACUACAGAGAGAGUGGAAAGACUAUGGAGAGAGUGGAAAGACUACAGAGAGAGUGGAAAGUCUACAGAAAGAGUGGAAAGACUACAGAGAGAGUGGAAAGACUACAGAGAGUGGAAAGACUACAGAGAGAAUGGAAAGUCUACAGAGAGAGUGGAAAGACUACAGAGAGAGUGGAAAGACUACAGAGAGUGGAAAGACUACAGAGAGAGUGGAAAUACUACAGAGAGUAGAAAUACUACAGAGAGAGUGGAAAGACUACAGAGAGAGUGGAAAUACUACAGAGAGAGUGGAAAUACUACAGAGAGAGUGGAAAGACUACGGAGAGAAUACGGAGAGAGUGGAAAGACUACAGAGAGAGUGGAAAGACUACGGAGAGAGUGGAAAUACUACAGAGAGAGUGGAAAUACUACAGAGAGAGUCGAAAGACUACAGAGAGAGUGGAAAUACUACAGAGAGAGUGGAAAGACUACAGAGAGAGUGGAAAGACUACAGAGAGAGUGGAAAGACUACAGAGAGAGUGAAAAGACUACAGAGAGAGUGGAAAGACUACAGAGAGAGUGGAAAUACAACGGAGAGAGUGGAAAGACUACUGAGAGAGUGGAAAGACUACGGAGAGAGUGGAAAGACUACAGAGAGAGUGGAAAUACAACGGAGAGAGUGGAAAGACUACUGA